AUGGCAGACAACUUUGAGGACGUCCCCGACUCGACGGACUGGCUCUCCACGCCCCUCCCCGCUCUCUCAGCAGUCGAAGCCUCCUUGCGAUGCCAGGUCUGCAAGGACUUCUUCAAGACACCCAUGCUUACAUCAUGCUGCCACACGUUCUGCUCCCUCUGCAUCCGUCGCGCCUUGUCCAACGAUGGCAAGUGCCCUCUCUGCAGAGCUUCGGACCAGGAGCUCAAGUUAAGGAGCAACUGGUCCCUGGAGGAGGUUGUCGAGUCGUUCGUCAAGGCCAGGAAAGAUACGCUACACUUCGCGAGGACAGCGGGCCAGGGCCAGCGAGGAUCCAACGGUAAUGCGGCCAAGAGAAGGUUGGUCGAGGAAGGUGGCGAGCAACAGCCAGAGACCAAGCGCCUCAGGAGUUCAGCGAGGCUCAGCAGGACGAGAUCGGGACAGGCUGCGGCCGCGCCAGUGCGCGAGGACGACGAAGCUGAGCAGAUGGACCAAGCACAGGAAGAUGACGAGACCGAGGACGCAGAUUUCACUCCCGACGAUGGCCUAGUUCCCUGUCCCAUAUGUAGCAGCCGCAUGAAGGAAGCACAAGUCUUUCGACACCUCGACACCUGCGACGGCUCAAAAUCACCGCGUCAAUCAACAGCCCCCCGCACGGCGAGCUCAAGCCGGACACCGACACCAAACACUCCCGCCCGCGGCGGACCCAGACCGCACGCAGCGCCCGAACGCCUCCCCGCCCUCGCCUACUCCAUGCUCAAAGACGCCGCCCUGCGCAAGAAGAUGUCCGACCUCGGCCUCUCGGUGACGGGCGGCCGACUGCAGCUGGAAAAGAGGCACAAGGAAUGGGUGACGCUGUGGAACGCCAACUGCGACUCGGCGCGCCCAAAGAAGAGGGCGGAGCUGCUGCACGACCUUGACGUGUGGGAGCGCACGCAGGGUUCCAAGGCGGCCAUGUUUGCGCGGCCCGGGGCGGCGGUCAAGGACAAGGAGUUUGACGGCGUCGCGUGGGCGGCGAAGCACGAUACGUCCUUCAAGGACCUCAUUGCCAAUGCGCGUAAGUCGAGGGCGCAGGCGAAGCCUAAAUCAGAAGACGAGACAGAUACUCCAAAGUCAGGAGAUGGCGGGGUUGCUUCAACAGAGCCGGAUGCUCUCAAUGUGGCUUCGCAAAGGGAUGGUUCGGUGGCCUCCGCGGUGGUGAUCGAUUUGACGGAGCGACCAGCGGAUACCGCCAGAGACGUCCCUGAGGAUGGUCACCCAGUACCCAUGAUGCAAGUUGAGGCUUCGACAGCCACCAAACCUCAGCUGCCAGCAGCGGCAUAUCAUCUGCGCGACGGCUUCUCAGAGCCACAGAUACCCAGCAGUCAGGAGGCGCGGUGA